UGCAAAAUGGCGGACGAGAAAGAACAGACCCCUGUCGUUGAGCAAAAAGAAUCUGCUGAAGAAAAGACUGUUAUCGACCCGGAAAAACAGGAAUUCAAGUUCGGAGAUCUCGUAUGGGCUAAAUUAAGCAGCUUCCCACAUUGGCCAGGAAGGAUUGUGAAACCAUGGAAGCAUGUCAAGAAGCCAACCGGCAAGAAAAUUACGUACUUUGUUUUCUUUUUUGGAACGGAGGAUCAUGCCUGGGUACGAGCAGAGAAUCUAUGUCCAUACCUUGAACACAAGGACAGGUUGUCUAAGGCAGCAAAGGGACAGAAAUUCAAGAAAGCUAUGGAUGCUAUCCAGGAAGCCAUUACUCAGGAUUCUAAUAAGAAGGCAUCUCCACUGUCCCCGUUUCAUCCUGAAGAUGAUGAAGAAAUCUUUCCACCCAAAUCAAAGCCCAUGAAAGACUACUCCAGGGAACCUCUGAGUGGCAAAGCAAAGUUGAAUUCACAACCUGAUGACAGAGGGAAAGCCUCACCAGAAAAAGAAGCAGUCGAAAAACCCACCAAGAAGAGAGGUCGAUCGUCGAACAAAGAUUCUAAUGUAGAGAGCACCCCGACCAAACUUACGUAUGCCUCCCCAAAGAAGAGGCUAGCAGGUAGUACGCUGUCAUCACCCAGUAAGAAACCCAAAGGCAAUGGUUUGUCCUUCAAUUCUCUCAGUCUUUAUAACAGCUUUCAAACACAUCUUGCUGAUAAGGCAGAGGAAAAGAAAGAAGAAAUUGUACCAACGGAUAAAAAGAUUGGUUUUAUUGGACUUGGCCUUAUGGGAACAGGAAUGGCCAUGAAUCUCAUUAAGACAGGUCACAAGGUCACCGUGUGGAACAGAACUGCAGCAAAGUGUGCAGAUUUUGUAACAGCUGGUGCAACAGAAGCCAAGAGUGUAUCUGAUCUUGUGUCGUCAUGCGACAUUGUUUUCUCAAUGGUGUCGGAUUCAGAAGCUCUUAGAGCAAUUGUGUUUGGUGAGCAUGGUGUACUGGAUGGUAUGAAGGAGGGCAAGGCACUGGUGGAUAUGUCUACAGUGGAUAUCGGUACAGUCACUGGAGUAGAAGGGGCUAUUUCAGCGCGAGAGGGUAGGUUUUUAGAGGCACCAGUUGUAGGCAGUGUCCAGCCAGCCAUGGAAGGUUCACUUGUGGUCAUUUCAGCUGGAGAUAGGACACUCUAUGAAGACUGUACAUCAUGCUUUCAAGCUAUGGGCAAAAAAGCAUUUUAUCUUGGUGACGUUGGGAAUGGCUCUAAAAUGAAGAUCAUCAUCAACAUGAUCACAGGGUGCAUCAUGAGUGGGUUUGCUGAAGGAAUGGCGCUAGCUGAAAGGGCAGGUCUUAGUCAAGAUACACUCCUGGAUGUUCUAAACCUUGGAGCUAUAUCAAGUCCACUCAUCAGUGGAAAGGGCAAAGCCAUAUUGGCCAAUAAGUUUCCUCCUGCAUUUCCACUGAAGUAUCAGCAGAAAGAUAUGAGACUUGCCUUGGCUCUAGCUGACCAAGUAGAGCAACCACUCCCAGUCUCUGCAGCUGUCAAUGAGCUUUUUAAGAGAGCAAAAAAUCUUGGUCUUGGAGAGAAGGACAUGUCGGCGAUUUAUAAGGCAGUAAAUCAGUGAGGCUUGAAAUGGAGACUACCACCUUCCCUUCAUGCUGUACCUUAGACUCUAUCUGAGGUCUCCUAGCUAUUGAUUUGAAUCAUGUACAAACAUUGUUAUAUUUUGUAAUUUCUUGUGCUUAAAAAUGUAAUACACAAAAGUAGCUCUUGUUUUGGUGGAAGAGAAGACCAUGUGUUUUUUAAAGAAACACUGUUUAAUUUUUAAGACUAAAAACUCCAAAGAUAUGAGCUCCGAAGUUUUAACACCAUUUUUUAAAAGAAUACGACAUGGUCUACAGUUGUAUUAGUUUUAUGCCUUCUCAACUGCUGUACAAUAGCUAUUUUCUUUUUUCUUAUGUUUUGUGUUUUAUUUAUGCCAUUGAUACAUUUUGGGUUUUGUGGUAGGAUUAGGUAUGAAGUACUUUUAAUGAACGGGCACUGUCAUGCUGAUAGCACACGGUCAUUCAAUUUUAGUUCACAUCACCUCAACUAUUGUUAUUUUGCUAACAUUCCUGAAACCAUCUGAACAUCAUGAGAUGAACACAUCAAAUUAUACAUUUCCAUUGAAAGGAAGCAGAAAUGAAGAACAAAGAAUUCAUGUCAACUUUGUAUCUGUUAAAAUAAAAUACAAUGAUUGAAAUUAUUUGACAUUGAUUUGUCAAUAUGAAUUCACCAAACUAGUAUUUGCGGUAAAUUUUGUCACUUCUACUUUUUGGAAUCGCCAUAAACAUUCUGGUGAGUGUUGAAGGUAUCUGUGUGUGCCCCCCUUCGUCAGUGUUUGUUUCACUGCCAUGCCAACCAGUGCACCAGGAAGGGGAGAUUUGUGAUCAUGACUCAUGUUCUGAAUUCAACUUCACUUUUUUACUCUUUGUAAAUACAACAAAGCUAAUUGAAUCUUACAUUUGAAAUUAAACCCUUGGUUCGGUAAAACAAUACAACCAUGGAUAUAAAUAGUUAUCUCAAAUGACACCUAAUCAUGAGUCAAUCAAUCAAGUCUUGUAUGAACACAAAUGUAAUUUAAGCGAGUUAAGGCCCAGUCCCACUGCAGUGAUAACGAGACGAUAACGCAAAGAGAAGGCAAUUCUAUUGGUUGAAUACGCCCACGCUUGUUCAACCAAUCGAGGGCAUAUAUUGAUAACAGUUUCGUUCUCAGUAUCGAGGCCUGUGUGACCAGGCCUUUACACUUAUUUAUUAUCAGUGGGUAUCAUGUACUCAUUACUUUGGUUUUCUUCAAGAUGUUCAACAAUUGCGUUUUACACGAGAGAAGUUCUACAAAAGCUUUUGUUAGCAAUCUCAUUACUACCCAACUCAUCAUGACAGUAAUUUUGAUGAAGUCUUUAGAAAAUACAAAAUUAUGUUGUUUUCUUUUGGAAUUUCCCAUAACUAUUUGGGAGUUCAAUUGAAACCCACUUUUACAGUGAUUAACAUUUUCCACAAUCGUUAAUCAUCCCGGUUAUUCUUGAAAAACAUUGUGAAUAAAGUUGUCCUAGUUUAUUAUUUUUGCAGAUUAAAGAUGACAUUGGACUUUCGGUCUUCUCAUUUUUGUUAAAUCGGCAAUUUGUGAGUAUGCACAUUGAUAAUGGUUGGAAUAGGGUUCAAACAUCUUUUCUUAUGGGCAAAAAUAAGAUUUGGUAAUCCAUUGACUGUUUGGUGUCAUAAGUCUCCUUUAAUAGAGGUCUUUCUGCCUUCUUUUUCCUGUGCCCAGAUGAAAUCUAAAACAAAAUUCGACUCAAUCCAUAUUUUAUUGUUUUGGGGAGGUGAUGUGGCUUCUGGCGUGUUGUAUAACAUACUUUAUUGUUAACUGUUGAUUAUUUUUUACUUUCAAUAUUAAUGUGGUAGCCGUGUGGCAGCCUAUGUCUUGUGUAGCAUUGUUUUAGAAACACAUGAAUAAAAAUGAUAUUAAACCAAAUGAUAGAAACUUUUAAA